AUGUCAUUUGCGCCUCUGCCUGCACCGGGCACCGCGGCGUCGUCGUCCAUCUGGGCACGCCGGAUGAUCACCAAGUCCGUACCGACCACUGACGCCGAGGUGGAGCUCAACGUGCUUUCGCUUCUGCUCGAUGUGCCUAUCGAAUCGCUGGACGACGCACAGCAGCAGCAGCAGCAGCAGGCGAGCACGGCGCCGGUCUCGCCGUUCUGUGCGCAGUCUCCGUGGUCGCCGCUGCCACUGCCCGUACAAGGGGCGAAUACCUUCGAAGCCGUGCCUGCGGGCGCGACGAGCCCGGCGCUGCUGCCGGUGCAGCGCUCUCGGUCAGCGGGGGGAUACUUCAACGAGUCGCUCGAGAUGCACGCUGCGCAGACCGCGGUCAAGGCCGCACUCGAUGUGCUCGAGGAACCGAGCCUCAGCUGCGGACUACGCAUCUCGACUUCGACCAGCAGCAACAGCAACAGUAAUGUGCUGGGACUGACGGCGCCCCUGUCGCCUGCGCUGUCGUCGCCAACCUCGCCUGCUGAAUCGUGCUUCAGCGAAGGCGAGGGCGCCAAGAAGAAGGGUAGGGCGCGCAUGUCGCAGGAGAAACGCAAGCGCUUGGCCAGGCGACGCGAGCGCGAGGCGCUGGUGGUCGCGCUCUCCCAGCAGCCCGAAGCGGCAUCGGCGUCGCAGCAGCAGCACUUGCAGCAACAGCAGUUUGGGAUGCAGACUGGGGAGGCCUACUUUGUCGCCCACACGGCCCACCUCAGCCGCAGUGCACCCGUGACGCCAAUGUGCUCCUACUUCCCCACUACCCACGGUAGCAGCGGGUUUGGUGGAUUCCCCUUCGCCGCCUCGCCCUCGCCUUCGUCCUACCACGCCACGCCGCCCUCGUACGAAGCAGUAGCAGCAGCGGCGAUGGCAUUCAGCAGCCCGCUGUCGUCGCCUCGCACUGCGCGGUUCCACGCGGGCACGGACCUGCCCUCGCCCGCACUCACGCAUGCCUCGUCGUCACCUGCGACUGCGUACGGAUCCGUCGGCACGCCCUCGUCGAGCCCGACCUCUGCUGCCGUGCUCCGCCUCGCCAGCGAUCCGCAGAGCAGCCCCCCGACGCUCGUCAUCCAGCCGCCCUCCCCGCAGCGCACCCGCUCCGCCGCCCCCGGCGCGUACGCAAAGAGGGCCGACGCAAGGUGGAUCCAGCCCAGGAUGGACGCCGAGCCGCAUUGGGCAUCGGUGUACUAG